CCCCUUCCCUGAAACAUCACCCAAAUCCAAAGCAAACGGAAAAACACUCACUCCCCUAGUCACCUGUCUGUCCAUCGCUCUAGCUCAGCUCCCAGUCAGUGAUAGCUGCAAGCGACAGCACAGCCAGCGCCACCAAGAGCUGGGAGGAAGGUUGUAGAAGAUGGGGAAGCUCUGGACGAUCCUCACUCACCUCCACUCCCUUGCAGGGUAUCUUCACAACUUCAGACCAUCACUCUCUCCGAUUGUAUCUGUUCUUCACAGGCCAACGGUCAUGCUCCUGUACCCCCUGUACGCGUCGGUGCAGGCGAUGGAGAGCCCAUCCAAGCUUGACGACGAGCAGUGGCUCGCCUACUGGAUCCUCUACUCCUUCAUCACGCUCAUGGAGAUGGUGCUCGAGUCCCUCAUCUACUGGAUCCCGAUUUGGUACGAGCUGAAGCUGCUGUUCAUCGCGUGGCUGGUGCUCCCCAACUUCAGGGGCGCGGCCUUCAUCUACGAUAAGUUCGUCAGGGAGCAGCUCAGGAAGCACUGCCUCUCCGCCGGCGGCGGCUCCAGAGGCAAGGUCAAGAAGGACGACAAGUCGCCCUCGUCUUCUCCCAAGGACAAGGAGAAGCCCAAGAGCAAGUUUCUUGCCUUCGUCACCCCCAAGAAGGAUCACGAAGCUUACUGAAGCAGGCCGCAGGGUGCGGUGACAUGAUCCCGGCGGCUUGUCGAUGCAGAGCCUAUAGUGUUUCUAGUGUCCAGCUGUGUUUGUUCAUGCUUAGUCACUCGAAAUAGAGCUGUUUGAUGUAUAUGGCGAUCCUGUGUGGGAACAUCUAGCAGAAAAAUUGAAUGGAGACGAGAGCAAACUUUCCGUGUUGAUCAUGUGAAUGUGACUCGAGAGAUCUGACAAAAAGUCAAUACAAUGUUCUGGGACAGGCUUUCCAGUCUCAAUAA